UGUCCAUAGAUGAAAUCCUUCAUCGACUUCUUUGGUUUAAAGCCACGAGGUUUUUAGCAAAUUAUUCAAUAAAUUAUUGAAAUAAUAAACAGAAAAUUUGUGUUUGUUUGCUAAAAUGCCACCAAGCAAUCCAUUGCCACCGAAAGAGAAUGCUCUUUUCAAGAGAAUAUUGCGUUGCUAUGAACACAAACAAUAUAAAAAUGGGUUGAAGUUCGCGAAGCAAAUAUUGUCGAACCCAAAAUUUGCAGAACAUGGAGAAACCUUGGCUAUGAAAGGUUUGACAUUAAAUUGUUUGGGACGCAAGGAUGAGGCAUAUGAGUAUGUGCGUCGCGGUCUGCGGAACGACCUGAAGUCCCCAGUGUGCUGGCAUGUGUAUGGUCUGCUGCAGCGCUCAGAUAAAAAAUAUGAUGAAGCAAUUAAGUGUUAUAGAAAUGCUCUCAAGUGGGAGAAGGAGAAUAUACAAAUAUUGCGUGAUCUCUCCUUGCUGCAAAUCCAAAUGAGGGACUUAGAGGGAUACAAAGACACAAGGUAUCAAUUGUUCAUGCUAAGACCAACACAAAGAGCGUCAUGGAUUGGGUUUGCUAUGAGCUACCAUCUGCUCGGAGACUAUGAAAUGGCUAACAGCAUUCUGGAUGCGUUUAGAACUAACCAAAUGAAGGGACCUUAUGAUUACGAGCAUUCAGAACUGUUGCUCUAUCAGAAUAUGGUGUUGGCGGAGUCGGAACAAUAUGAGAGGGCCUUGCAGCACCUCCACAAGUUCCAGGCGCAAAUUCUUGACAAGUUGGCUGUGAAAGAGACCUCCGGGGAGUACUAUUUAAAAUUAAAAAGAUACAAAGAAGCGGAAGCAGUGUAUGAAGACUUAAUCAAAAGGAAUCCAGAAAAUGUGAUGUAUUACCAAAAAUUAAUAGAAUCUAAACAACUUAGUAAUCCAGAUGAAAAAGUGGCCUUUUAUGAUGUGUUUAAGAAAGAGUUCCCGAAGGCGAUAGCGCCGCGGCGGCUGCAGCUGACGGAGGCGCAGGCGCAGCCGGUGUUCGAACGGCUGGUGGAUGAGUACCUCAGGCAUGGCCUGCAGAAGGGCAUCCCCCCGCUGUUUGUGGACAUGAGAUCCCUAUACGCUGAUAAGAUGAAGGGGGACACGAUAGAGAAAUUAAUUAUACAGUAUAUAGAGAAUUUAUCAAAGUCUGGUGUAUUUAGUUCUAAACCGGACGAAGUGAAGCAGCCCGCUAGUGCGUUAUUAUGGGCGUACUAUUUCGCCGCACAACACUUUGAUUUCAAGAAGGAUACGGAUCGAGCUCUGCAUUAUAUCGAUGCGGCGAUAGAACACACGCCUACGUUAAUAGAACUGUUUAUAGUUAAAGGCAGGAUAUAUAAGCACGCCGGCGAUCCGAUCUCCGCUUACCAGUGGUUGGAGGAAGCCCAGGCGAUGGACACGGCGGACCGGUACGUGAACUGCAAGUGCGCGCGGUACAUGCUGCGGGCGGGACACGUCGCGCGCGCGGAGGAGAUGUGCGCGAAGUUCACUAGAGAAGGUGUCCCGGCAACAGAGAACCUUAACGAAAUGCAGUGCAUGUGGUUCCAAACUGAGGCGGCCGCGGCGUACCAACGACAGCAACUAUGGGGCGAAGCCCUAAAGAAGGCACAUGAAGUCGACAGGCACUUCUAUGAGAUAAUGGAGGACCAGUUCGACUUCCACUCUUACUGCAUGCGCAAGAUGACGCUGCGGUCGUACGUGGGUCUGCUGCGGCUCGAGGACGUGCUGCGCUCGCACCCCUUCUACUUCCGUGCGGCGCGCGUCGCCGUCAGCGUGUAUCUGCGGUUAGACGCGCGCCCGCUGCAGGACGAGCCGCAGGCGACAGAACCUGACACAGAAAACUUGGCGCCGUCGGAGCUGAAGAAACUUAGGAACAAACAGAGGAAAGCGAAACGCAAAGCGGAACAAGAGAGUGCGCUGGCCGCUCAAGUACAGGUGAAGCGCGAGCAGCACCACAAGGCGCGGCAGCAGGCGGAGCAGGGCGACCCCGAGGCGCCGCAGCUCGAUGAGCUGGUGCCCGACAAGCUGGCCCGGGCGGAGGACCCUCUCGAGCAAGCGAUCAAGUUCCUGCAGCCGCUGCGCACGCUCGCCGCCGACAGAAUAGAUACACACCUCAUGGCCUUCGAGAUAUACUUUAGGAAAGAGAAGCCGCUGCUCAUGCUCCAGAGCAUCAAGCGGGCGUGGCGGCUGCAGCCGGCCGACGAGCACCUGCACGACUGCCUCGUGCGGUUCAAGUGCUGGCUCGACGCCCGCCUCGCCGACCUCGACCCCAGCGUCGCCGCCGUCAUACGCGCUGAGAGCGAACCGAUGUACGAGGGUCGCAGCGCGGCGGGCAUGGCGGCGGAGUUCGCGGCGGGGCCGGCGCGGCGCUCGCAGCGGGCGGCUCUGUGGGGGGCGCGCGCGCUGCGCCGCGUACAGCCCGACAGCGACGCGCUGCGGAUCGUUACUAACCUAGAUCUACCCGAUGUCUCUAUACAGGGCUGCGUGGACGUGCUGGAGAGUCUCAAGGACGGCGACUUCGGGCCGUGCGAGAAAGAGAUAGAGCAGUACACGGAAGCGUGUCGCGUCAAGUUCCCGUACGCCAUCGCGUUUAAGCCCCCCGCCCCACCCUCCGCCCCGCCCACCGAGGCCGCCGACAGAGAGCUGAAUGUAGACUGAGUCGAAAAUGUACCUCGAUAAUGUCGUACGAUGUGUCGUAACGUCUAAGCGGUAGUCGAAUUUUUUAGGAAGACUCAAGUUUCAACUAUGUAAUAGUUUGCCGUGAUAUUGUACGCAUUAUCGUUUAGACGCUACGAUAUGGUCCAUUAUCGAUGUUAAUUAGUGACCGCGAACACUGAGGCAUGUUCAAAUUACAAUUUUAAUGUUUCUCGAAAUUGAAAAAAAAAAUGUUUUUGUACUGUUAGGGAUUGUAUGUAUUGUCACAAAGACUUAAUCGGCUAGACAAAUUUAUAGCAAUACGUUUUACUCGGCUGUCCGAUUGUAAAUUGAUCUUUGAUAUAUUUGAAAUGCGACCAAGCUUUUAUUAAAAGGCAUUGGUGACGUUUGGUGAAAUCGAUUAGGAAUAGCUUAUGGAUUACUUCAUAUGAAGUGUAUGAAGUUCAUAGUACGAAGUAAACAUAUUAUGUGUGUAUAAAAAAACAAUUAUUCGUUUGGAAUGAAAAAGCAAGCAAAAAAAAAAUAAGCCCUUUACUGUGGUCUCAAUGACCGCAGUAAAGGUUUGAGCCCUUUUGGUUCACAAAUGAUUAUGUUAAUACGGAAAAAAUAUGCUAACGUUUCUUUCUGUGUUGAAGUUUAAGAAAUUUUCCUGCCUAAAAGCUUACUUAAUGUAAACUUUAGGCCAUGCGCGCAGAAUAUGAGUAAUUGAUUUUACAUUACAAGCGUAAAUUAUAGAUAAAUUUUAAUAAAGUUCAAGACUAUACAGGAGGUAAAAGAUAUUGUGAAAUCUUUAUUGACUUUUAAAAGCUUUGAAGUUGCCCUCAAAUUUUUAUUCCCUAGUGAUAUAAAUAAAGCAUAAUAGUUUUUUCUGUAUAAGCUUUUUUAGUCCCUUUGCACUUACCAGGAAGAAAGAUUAUAAGAUCUGUUAUUGUUUACUAUAAAACUAGUAUGAUAUGGAUUUCAAGUGUGCGCUUAGUUUUUCUCUGUAUACCACUAUAUUAUAAAGAAUUUUAUACAUUCAAGUUUUAAAUAAGUUAUUGUGAUAACACUCAAUGCCGUAGGCGUCUCUCAAAGAAAAAAAAAACAUCUAUAUUUAUUUGUUAACUUCUGCUUAGUUAAAGUGAAAUAACAAAAUUAAGUUCCUGUAUAAUUUAAUGUAACAAAUUCAGUCCUAGUCUAGACUCCAUAGAGCGACCUCGUUGCAACACCACCGCUUUAGUGAUUAAUCACAAUAAGGACCUUUUUAGUGUCAUGCAGAUUUGCUUACGCCCGCAGCGGUAACCAACAUCAAUUACUGCCGCACAUUUUAAUAAUUACUAACUUUAAUUUACAAGAUUUUGACUUAAACUCCAUACAUUUUCCGUCAAUCUCUUAAUUAAAGUUAGAUAAUCGUUAAAUCUCUCAAAAUCCUCAUAAGUACUUCAAUUGAGAAUGGAUGUGACUUACUAUAAAAUAAUUAUAUUAUAUAUGACAUGUCCAUUGUAAACAAAUGCCAAUCUGUUUGGCAUAUCCGUAUGACAUAAAAACGCCCCAAUGGCCCGACGUGUUCAGGAAUGUGUUUUAGCCGGUUCGGUGUCCGCGUGACGACACGCAAUAUUGACUUACCGUGGUGAAGCUUUGUAUAUAAUAAUUAUAUUUAGGUUCGUACUGUUAGGCGUCACUUUUUUCAUGUGAAAAUUUUAUGUAAGACUCAUUGUUUGUACAAUGCUGACACUCGUUUUUGAUUUUGUAAUGUUUGUAGAUAUGUGUAAAGUUUUGACAAUAACUUGCGUGAUCUUAUUCCAGGAGUCGAUAAAAACUGUAAGACUUACACUUAGCCAUUCAACUAAUGCAAGAAUUAUUUCAAUGGCUUAAUAACAUGCAUUGUCUGUGAGCAGCAUGCUAUUUUAUCUAUGAGUGUAGGAGGUCCUCAUAUUAUGUAUUGUAUAUUGUUUCAUCAAGGAAACAAGAAUCAUCUUAGUCCAUCUGAAUAAUUAUUAUUUGGCUUUUCCCAAAUUAUUAUUCUAUUUGAGUAGGUAUGACCUUGUUUUUUUUAAUGGUAUCUCUGGUUAGGUCUUGAUGAUAUGUGUUCAGAUAAGCAAUUGUAUAUCAAUUUGUAACUAUGUUUGCUCUAGCCAAUUUAUUAAAAGCAAAGAUUGAGGUUCAGCUAGAAUCCGACAAGCAGCCAUAAAAAUGUUUUAACAAUAAAAGGACACUCGUUCAGUCAGUAUGUUUAUUCAACAGCUAUGUUGGUCUUUUGUUUUAUCCACAUAUUGGAGUAAUACUACCCCUGUCAACUUGUACAUAAAGUAAUAAAUUUUAUUUUACAAAUUUAUUUA